AUGUCGUCCACCAGCGCGGGCGGCAAGCCAUUGAGGUCCUCCAUCGUGGCCGACGAUGUCAGGGGGCACCACCUUCUCACGAUCCACGGCUACUCCCGCACCAAGGUCACCCCCACCGGCGAGUGCGCCAGGUCCCGCCCUUUCAUCAUCGGCGGCCAUCGCUGGUGCAUGGAAUACUACCCCAACGGCGUGUGCGACGAGGUCGCUGAUUGCGUGUCCCUCUCACUGGUGCUUGACGAAGACGUCGCGGUUGCCGUGAAGGUCCUGCACGGCAUGUGCCUCGUCGACGAGGCGGAUGAUGCGGAGCAAUCCGCGGCAACGCCAUUGGUGGACAGAUUCCCCUCCCGGGGUGUCGCGUCCUACACGACGUUCAUCACAAGGGUCGACCUGGAGAGCUCCAAGUAUCUCAGGAACGAUUCCUUCACGAUCCGGUGUGACAUCGUCCUCGUGCACGACGUCCGCGCGGAGGGCCACGCGGCGGCCUUCGUCCCCAUGCCCCCAUGCGACCUGCGCCAGGACCUGGGCGAGCUCCUCGCGUCCGAGAAAGGCGCCGAUGUGGUGUUCGAGGUCGGAGGGGAGACAGUCGCCGCUCACCGGUGGAUGCUGGCGGCCCGCUCGCCGGUCUUUGCGGCCGCGCUCUUUGGGCCAAUGAGGGAGGGCAACGCUGCAACCGCAGGCGCCGUGGUGCGCGUGGAGGACAUGGAUGCGGAGGUUUUCAAGGCACUGCUCUAUUAUGCGUACACCGGCUUGAUGCCGGAGGCACACAAGGACGACCAUGAUGUCACCUGCCAACAUCUACUCGUCGCGGCGGACAGGUACGACAUAAAGCGGCUCAAGCUGAUCUGCGAGGAGAAUCUGUGUGAGUACAUAAACGUGGGCUCGGCUGCGGUCAUCUUGGCGCUAGCCGAACAACACCAUUGUGUGAGGCUGAAGAAGGCCUGCCUCCGUUUUCUCGCCAACCCGGCGAAUCGGAGGGCGGUCGUGGCCACCGAUGGCUUCCAGCAUCUGAGUAGGAGCUGUCCAUCUCUUAUGAUCGAGCUCAUUGCCACCUUCGCUGUGUGA